CCCUGUACGGAUUAUUUAGCCAGUUAAAUAAAUAGAGAGCGAGAGAGAGAGCCAGGAUAGUUAAGUACAGGAUGUCUAUGUAUGAGGAACCCUCGUUAACGGGAAGUUACGAUGUUGUGGGGUCGUUUCCCAAAAGUUUUGGCUACGGGGUGGAAGAGCCAGACAUGGAUGAGGAGACCCCCACAUCUGCGGACAAACCGAGGAUACUGCUGAUGGGACUGAGGCGGAGUGGCAAGUCAUCUAUUCAGAAGGUUGUAUUCCACAAGAUGUCACCCAAUGAGACGCUGUUUCUCGAGAGCACCAACAAAAUCUACAAGGACGACAUCUCCAGCACCUCCUUUGUCAACUUCCAGAUCUGGGACUUUCCUGGCCAGGUGGACUUCUUCGACCCAACGUUUGACAGCGAGAUGAUCUUCAAGGGAACAGGCGCGUUAAUCUUUGUCAUCGAUGCUCAGGAUGACUACGUCGAGGCUCUCGGGCGGUUACAUCUCACCGUAUCCAAGGCCUACAAAGUGAAUCCAGACAUCAACUUUGAGGUGUUCAUCCAUAAAGUAGACGGUCUGUCAGACGACCACAAAAUAGAAACGCAAAGGGACAUUCAUCAGAGGGCCAACGAUGAUCUGGCAGAUGCCAGCCUGGAGAAGCUUCACCUCAGCUUCUACCUAACCAGUAUCUACGACCACUCCAUAUUUGAGGCCUUCAGUAAAGUCGUCCAGAAGCUCAUUCCUCAGUUACCAACGUUGGAGAAUCUAUUGAACAUUUUCAUAUCUCAUUCUGGGAUCGAGAAAGCCUUCCUGUUUGAUGUUGUUAGCAAGAUUUACAUCGCCACAGACAGCUCUCCCGUGGACAUGCAGUCCUAUGAACUCUGCUGUGAUAUGAUCGAUGUUGUCAUUGAUGUCUCCUGCAUUUACGGGCUAAUGGAGGAUGGCAGUGGCUCUGCCUAUGACAAGGAGUCUUUGGCUAUCAUCAAGCUCAACAACACUACAGUGCUUUAUUUGAAAGAGGUCACAAAGUUCCUCGCUCUCGUCUGCAUCCUCAGAGAAGAGAGCUUUGAGAGGAAAGGUUUGAUAGAGUACAACUUUCAUUGUUUUCGAAAAGCCAUCCACGAAGUGUUUGAAGUUGGCACCUCGCCUCAAGACGUCAGCUCGUCCAGCAGAAACAACCUCACAGGCUUAAAGUACGCCGCCCUGAACGGAACUGCUGUUUAAAGCACAGAGGAUGUGUGUAAUUCUUUGCUUUACCUGAAAUUCAGCAAGACCGCACAAUGUGGGGGAAUGAUACGAAAGCACGCGUCUCCUGUCAAACACACGUUGCCUUACUGUAUGAAUGUGAAGUUAGAGAAGCUGAGCUGCAGCUGAUGAACUGAACUAAACUACAGUGGGUCCUUCUUUCUGCACAUUGUCAGCUAUGUUUACCUUCUUGGCCAGUUACUUCUGUGUGUUCUGCAACAUAAAAAUACUCCUGAAAGAGACUUCUGAUCCAGUUUAAGCACUUGUCGUC